AUGACAACAGAUGCCUCUGGGAAGAAGCUUAAUGAAGCUGAGUCUAAGUUAGAUAGCAGUAAAAUUGAGGAGGCCAAAGGCAGUAUUACAACAGGAGAUGGACGGAAUGACUCACCAGGACAUUGCUCCCAGUAUUGUUCUUACACUUUAAUGGAAGAUACAACCAAGAAGAUUUUAACAAUAAAAACACUGGAUAAACGUAUGACUGAUAGAAAGUCUGUUAACAUGGAAAAACUAGGGUUUGAAAGAGGGAUGAGAGAGCUUGAGUCUGAACAGGUGGAAGUAAAAGAAGUUGUCACUGAUGCUCAUCUUGGUAUAGGAGCACUCAUGAAAUCCAGAUACCCUGACAAGAAGCACACCCAUGAUAUUUGGCAUGUUGCAAAGAAUCUUGGGAAAAAUAGUAAAGAUGAUUGCUAUGCAAUUGCUCAGAAGAAGCAAAACUCUGUAUUGUUGAAGUGGUCAAAGGACAUUAUCAACCAUUUCUGGUUUGCAUGCAAAGAAGCAAACACUUGCAGUCAAUUUGUGGUAAGAAUUUUUCAUAAAUGUUGAUUUCAUCAAAACAGUACAUGUAUUAUGUGUUUAGCUUUGCUCGCUUCUUUUGAAAGUUUUAAUUAGUGAUACACUUGUUUGUGAAAAAAAUAAUAUUGCUUUGAAAUUAAUGUUUAGACAGAAUUGAGAAUGUCUGUUUAUGUAAUUGUGAAUUUUGUAGAUUUCCAUGGAGAACAUGUUAAAAUGCAUGCUCGGAAAUGCCAGUGUAAUUUGGUAUACAUUUCUAAAUGUUAUAUUUCUAAUUGUUAUAUUGCAAUGUGUUUAGAGUAUCUGGAGAAGUGUCCUUAACCACAUCACAAACACACAUAAGUGGAUGUUACCAGAUGGAAAUGGUCAGACAGGAUGUUUACAUGAACCCCUGUCAGCAGAAGAGGCUCGAGACAAACCGUGGCUUAAUCCAUCAAAAGAUGCCGCAACAUUGAAAGAUUUGACCAGUCUUGUUUUAGAUAAAAGACUUCUGAAGAAAGUGGGCUAUUAUUUGAACUUCAGGUACUUUAACUAAAUUAGCUUACUUUGUAAAAUUAAUGUUUAACAAGCAAUUAUCAUACUAUUGCAAGCAAUCCAUAAGUCCCCUACCGGAUAGAACCCCAUCAGCAUUCUGAAGGGCCAUUGGCCAUUCACUAAUGUGUAAAUUUUUCUCUAUUUUAAGUAAAUUUGUUGGAAAUGUUCUUUAAAAGUGAUCACAGGAAAAAGUUUUUAUGAACAGACAGACAGACGAACUGAAGGACACUCUAAAGUUAAUAUUUG